CCCCUCCCUGCACCGAGCAAUCUACCUUCUCGUCUCUCUCGGCGGCUGUCAGCAAGGCGAGAGGCAGGCGUUCCCCCACCUUGUCCCCUUUCACGUCGGUCAACAUGGCUACUGUGGUGACCUCAACCCGCUUCACGGAUGAAUAUCAGCUCUACGAGGAACUCGGAAAGGGGGCAUUCUCCGUGGUGAGGCGAUGCGUCAAGAAAUCUACCGGCCAGGAGUACGCUGCGAAAAUCAUCAACACAAAAAAGCUCUCUGCCAGAGAUCAUCAGAAAUUGGAGCGAGAAGCGAGAAUCUGUCGUCUGCUCAAACAUCCCAACAUUGUGCGACUCCAUGACAGCAUCUCAGAGGAAGGUUUCCAUUACCUCGUCUUUGACCUCGUCACUGGUGGCGAGCUGUUCGAGGACAUCGUCGCCAGAGAAUAUUACAGCGAGGCAGACGCCAGCCACUGCAUCAAUCAGAUUCUCGAGAGCGUCAGCCACAUCCACCAGCAUGACAUCGUGCACAGGGACCUUAAGCCGGAGAACCUGCUCUUAGCCAGUAAGAUGAAAGGAGCAGCGGUGAAGCUAGCAGACUUCGGCUUGGCUAUUGAGGUCCAGGGGGACCAACAGGCGUGGUUUGGUUUUGCAGGGACCCCAGGGUAUCUGUCCCCUGAGGUGCUGAGAAAGGACCCGUACGGGAAGCCGGUGGACAUAUGGGCAUGCGGUGUGAUCUUGUACAUCUUGCUGGUGGGCUACCCUCCCUUCUGGGACGAGGACCAACACAAACUGUACCAGCAAAUCAAAGCUGGUGCUUAUGAUUUCCCAUCUCCAGAGUGGGACACAGUGACCCCCGAGGCCAAGAAUCUGAUCAAUCAGAUGCUAACCAUUAACCCUGCCAAAAGGAUCACAGCCGACCAGGCCCUCAAGCAUCCCUGGGUCUGCCAACGCUCCACAGUGGCUUCCAUGAUGCAUCGCCAAGAGACUGUGGAAUGUCUGCGCAAAUUUAAUGCUCGGAGGAAACUGAAAGGAGCCAUCCUCACAACCAUGCUGGUGUCCAGGAAUUUCUCUGUGGGACGGCAGCAUACGAGCCCUGCCGCCACCACCAGCACUGCCGCCAUGGCACAGGAAGCUUGCAAAACCUUGCUAAACAAAAAGUCGGACGGUGUGAAGAAAAGGAAGUCCAGCUCGAGUGUUUGUUUGAUGGAAGCCCAGACAACUGUGGUACACAACCCAGCUGACGGCACCAAGGGCUCCACGGAGAGCUGCAACAACGCAGAAGAGGAGGAGAUGAAAGCUCGCAAACAGGAAAUAAUCAAGAUGACCGAGCAGCUGAUUGAAGCCAUCAACAACGGCGACUUUGAGGCCUACACGAGAAUCUGUGACCCCGGCCUGACCUCAUUCGAGCCAGAAGCUCUUGGCAACCUGGUGGAGGGCAUGGAUUUCCACAAGUUCUACUUUGACAACCUGUUGAGUAAAAACAGCAAGCCCGUGCACACCACCAUCCUCAACCCUCACGUGCACCUGAUUGGCGAGGACGCGGCCUGCAUCGCCUACAUCCGCCUGACGCAGUACAUGGACAGCCAGGGCCGGCCGCGCUCCUGCCAGUCGGAGGAGACGCGCGUGUGGCAUCGCCGCGACGCCAAGUGGCUCAACGUGCACUUCCACCGCUCGGGAGCCCCCUCCGCACCCCUCCAGUGAAGGCCACAUGGCUUUGUUUCAACUGUGAGAGCUGUUUGGAGCCUUGACUCUCCUCAUGGUGCCUAGAAGGAUGUUGGCCUGCGAAACGACGGUAACGUCACAAAGUUGGGGGCACAAACACAUUACAACGUAGAGAGUGUUAUUUAAAAAAACACGCACACACACAAAUAUCGAUAAAAAGAUACAAAAUAAAAACAAUAAUUAGCCUGACUGAAAAAGCGACCGACAACUACAGCAGCAGCGUUGGAGACGCCGGUCCUCCGUGUUGGAUGGUGCAUGUUAGUGCUGGCUACACAGGUUCAAUGGCGCCCCCUGUCUGUUGGCUGGCAAAGUGUUCACAUGCUUAAUGUACAGACACACACACACCGUUUAUUUUGUGUUAAGGGAGCAGAGUAGAAGCUCAAUUCUUUGGACUUUAUAGUGUUACGAAAAGGGACCUUUUUUUUAGUUUCAUUUCCUCCUUUUUUACUAUUAUUAGUGCUUUUUAACAUACCUUGUGUUGGAAAAGGGGGUUUAUUUAAUGUAUACAUAUAUAUUUAUAUGCCAGAUGGAUGUGUGUGUGCAUCCAAGCGGACACGCCCCUUCCUUCCUGUUUAUUGUGUGUAUGUGUGUGUAUGUGUGUGUGUGUAAGCAUGACUUGUUUACGCGUCUACUGGCCUGUACUGUUUUUGACUCCAAGCUGUUGCACCUUUGAAGGAGCGUCUGACCACGCCCACCUCCGAGCCCGCGCCCACUUCCCGUCACUUCCUGUCUUAGUAUUGAUGAUAAUGAUGUCACCCCUUCCUCUUCUUCUCCCCCUCCCGUUACGCUCGUCUCUUGUGUUUAUUGUCCAUCCCGGCUUGCCGUACUUUGAACUGUGUGACGCUUCAAGAAGCAUGUUUUUAAAUUUGUACAAAAAAAAAAAAAAUGAACGGCUAAAAAAGGCAUGAUUGAUGGCAAGAACGCUGCAGAAGGCAAUCAACUCAACCCCCCCUUUUGUUAUUGUAAAUGUUGUGGUUGCUAGUGUUUGGGUGUUUUAUUAGCAGAUGUUGAAGUCACAACUGGAAAAAAAAGGGUUUAAAUGCUGCUGUUGCUGCGACCCUUUGCUAGCACACACACACACACUCACAUCACAAGCAUGCAAUCAAAUAUCUUCCCUUUAAAAGAGGAAACAUAUCUGCACAGUCAACACUUUUUCCUAAUAUCAGUACUCAAACUCUCGGUUUUUGUAUCACAAUCACAUGAAUGGCACCGACUCUUAAGAUCUCUUUUCUUUCUUUUUAAUUCUUUUUUUUAUAUAUAAAAAAAAUCGUAGAUAUCACAAUUUUUUUUUAAAUGGGGUCAAAUCAUCUUUGGAGCAGAGCCUUUCUUGUGCACCCUCUGGUGGCCAACCAUGUGCACUGCAUUGUUGUCACUCACACUGACUUGUUUUUGUCCGUUUUUUGGUCACUGCGGCUUUGCUUAGAACCUUAGAACAGACAGACAGGGUAUCUUUCCACUUCUUUUCAGUCUUAUUGUUGUACAUAGAUAUCAUGUGACCAAAUAGGGAAUGGGGGGGAGGGGUCUGAUUGAAAGAACUACCUAAAACUUUACACAAAUCACUCACUGUGUAGGUUUUUUUCUUGGUUUAUUGCAGCUUUUGCAUCAUAAUGACUAUUUACUGCAGAAGAAACAGGGGCUUCAUGUUAAAGGCCACUGCAAACAUACCCAAAUAUAUUAUAUAAUAUAUAAAUAUAUUAUAUAAUAUAAUAUAUAUAUAUAUAUGCCGUUUUACAGAUGGAUGAAAUGUGCAUGUGUCAUUUAUUUUAGUCAUUUUUAACUGAUGGACAAAAGUUUGCAUCAUGGAGAUCACAUUCAAAUGAGUAGAAAAGCCUUAGCUUGUUUGUGAAACUGCAUUGUAACCUUUUGCCUAACUAUUUAAAAAAAAAAAACAUACAGAGGCAGGGGAUUCAUGCGUCCACCCCUCCCCCCUCGCCCCCCUCCCCCUCAUUGGAUGCUGGAUUUUUUUGCAUGAGCGUAGAAUUAAUCAUGAAAGUUGUACAUUGUGUGUUUGGAUGGUUGUUCUUAAUAGCUUGGUUAUUACUGGAAUAUUGAAGUGUAUUUAAUAAAAAAGAAAAAGUACCAUUUGAAA